AUGGAAGAAGAGAAAGGGACUGCACUGAAUCUCAAUACACUACUAAACGGUAUUAAACUUAUUGCAACAAUAAGUGUCGACAUAGUUCAGUUGCUUAGUGCCAUUGUUUCAAAUGACGGUGAUGAUGAUGAACUAUGUGCUUAUCGUUAUAAUGCUUCUGCUACUGCAGUUCCUGUUCUUGUUCCUGUUCCUGUUCCUGAUCCUGCUUCUGAUCCAUCCAACUCAAUCAUCAUCCGUUGUUCCCCUGUCAUCCAUUUUUGA